ACUACCUACUCCAUAUCAUUAUCAGCCAAUCAACUUUUGCUGUACUAGUUUGUCUGUCGCUAGUAUCUAGUCUGCGGACAUACAAACAAACAUACAAACAUACAUACAGGCAUUUUAACUCGAUAAGACCCUUUCCUUUACAGUCAAGGGAAUAGUGACCUUAUCUUAAAAUAACACGCCCUAAGUCUAGAAAACCAUUAGAAGUAACUGCUUCAAAGAACCACAACGUGAAGGCCCCUUUAUUAAAACUUCUCGAAUCAUGUUCAAGCUAUUUUUUUCCAUUUGGCAGUGUGUGUUUGUGUUUUUUGUAUAGCGGUGGAAUAAUUACAUAUGAAAUUUCUAAUUCAACGGAGACUCAUAUUAAUGUUAGUUUAAUACAAAGGCAUACAUGGCUUGAAACUUAUGAGAGUCCAUUUAACAAUAUUAAAUACAAAUGUAACGAUGAAAAGAUAUCAAUGGGAGAUUUAGUUGGUAUUGGUAAUAUCACAGGUCAAGUCGAUUAUUCAAACUGGUACUAUUGGGAAGAAUUUAUCGCCACAGCUGCUGUACCAUGCCAAUCUUAUAUGACAGAUGAUCAUGGUUAUUAUAGUACUGGUGACGGGAUAACCGAUAUUUUACUACCAAUAAAUAUCAAAUUUAUUGCUAAAUUUCGACCAGACAUGAUGGAAGUACCGGUUUUGUUUGAAAUUAAUACAAAUCAACGAUCUGAUGGAAAGUAA